GUUGACUGUUAUAGGAAAAAGUUCAGUGGAGAGCCAGGAAAAAUGGCCGGUGAAAAUACACAGAUCUUUGCCAAUGGUACUGUUGAUGCCAUCAUUCCACCGGAGAAAUUGGCGAAUGGUAAUGGGGAUGUGCAUUGCAAUAAACAGAAUAAUAAUGGAACGAUAACUAAUGGCAAAGUUCUGGAGAUAAGUCCUAUUGAAAAUGGGAAACUUAUUGGGAAUGGAGAUGAGAAAUCGAAUAGUCUUCAUACGGAUUUCGAUGAGGCUGAUAUUUCCUGUGGAUGGGGCCCCUGCAGGCCCAGUUGGUUGCAAUUGUUUGCAACUAAACAGGCUUUUUUGGUCACGUUCUGUCUUACUUGGGUAUUGCAAGGGAUGUACUACACGUACUUCGUGUCAGUGAUAACGACGAUAGAGAAGCUUUUUCAAAUUCAAUCGAAAACGACAGGAAUCAUAAUGUCAGCGACUGAAAUUGGACAAAUUGGUUCAUCACUUCUGCUGACAUACUACGGAGGUCAGGGACACAGGCCCAAAUGGAUAGCCUGGGGCAUGAUCCUCUUCGCCCUGAGUUCUUUUACCUGCUCUAUGCCCCACUUUAUUUAUGGUGAACAACUGAUAAAACAAAAUGAAAUGCAAUUCAGCGCUGUUGGUCGUGAUGGUCAGGGUGGUGGACCCAAUUUCACUGAUCCCAUUCCAGCAAAUUUAUGCAAAUUCUACGAUCGCGUCGACAACUUCACCCUCGCUUCCAACGG